AUGUCCAGCACAAUCCCCACCACGACCUCCGUCCUCGAAUCCGCCGUCAUCGAAGCCCCCUUCUCCGACGUCUGGCACCUGAUCAAGCUGCCCUCCUUCUCCUCCUUCUGGAGCGCGCUCGAGAAGUCCGAGACCGUUACGGGAGACAUCUCGCCCGAGACCGACAUUGUCAAGUGGACGUUCAAGGACGGACAUGUGUUGGAGGUCAAGCAGGAAGAGCAUUCUUCAAUCGACCACUUCAUAACCUACAGCGUCAUAACCUCGCAGCCCGCGCUCAGCUACACCUCCGUCAUGAGCACGAUCCGCUGCUUCCCGGUCACCUCCGGCAAGCACGAGGGCCACACGUUCGUUACCUGGAGCGGGAAUUUCUCCAGCGAUGCUGACGCUGGCGUUGUUCAGGAUGCGAAGUUCAAGCGGCGCGAGGCAUUGGCGGACCUGGCCAAAGCGGUUGGAGCAAAAGCCUAG